CGCCCAUUACCUGCUCUCAUUCUCCAUAUAACGCUUAUUUCUCUUGCACUUCAAUCUCAACAGCCUGCACUCAUGGAUAUGGAAUAUGCUGAUAGUAUUACUACAGAAAAUGAAAAUCACAAUGCCUCCCAAUUUUCACAGUCUCGCCCUGAUUCAUCUGGACUCGUUGAAGGUCCUUUUUCCCAUUUCCACGAUACCACCCCCCUAGGUAGCACGUCUGAAGCCAACUACAAUGACAACGAAAAAAACCUUGCGGAUACUGUUGCUGCGCAUCCAGACCCUCUUGCCCUUUCUAUUGACAUCCCCGGUGAUCUACCUUCGCCACCACACCGUGCUGCUUUGAGCAUUGGCGAUCUUCCAUAUAUCACAGGAUCGGAGCCCCUUACAACUGAUCUAGCACCAGUAAAUGUGGAUAGCGACACACAAAGCGUAAUCGCCCUCGAGGAUGUCGAUGAUGCCGAUAUCGACUCUGACGAUCAAUACUACUCAGUAGCAGCUUCACGUAAUUCGACGCCGAUAGAUUCUCCUCAAACACGGAGCAUAUUCAUCUCGGAGAAUGCUAACGUAUCCCUAGACGGUCACAGUACGAUCGAUCAUCCUCGAUUGCAAAUCGAAGAUUUAGUCGUUGAUCUUCCACCCAGUCCCAAUAAUCAUAUGAAAACCUUGAUCGACGACCAGAUACUUACAUCGACGGUCAAUAUUGACGAGUCCGCCUCGACUCCACUCUUCACGACUUUGUCGUCGUCUACCGAGACCGCAUUAUCCAACGACCUCGAUCUGUUGUGUCGCAUCACCGGGAUGUACAGACUGCUAGAUCUCAUCUUAGAACGAGGAAACGAUGGUUUGGUUCACAAGGUUGUUAUCGCCCAAGAAUCUCUCGGAGAACUCAUCAAUGUAUUACGACCUGGCGCUUACCAUUCAAUGACGAAGAUCGACUUCAAGGCUCUAGAUCAUACAAGCAUAAAGCCGGUCGGCGUCUAUGGGAGCAAGCCGGAGAUCGUCAAGCUCUUACUCAGUGCCGGUGCCAUCACCGAACAAAUUGGCCAUCUACUCCUCAAGGCUCAGAUUGAUCAUUCAGAGCCCAUGCACUCUCAUUUACGUUCUGGAUUGUACUUUGUCAUCCUUCCCGAACCGUUUGGGGAUAGCUUCAAUGCAUUCGUAGUCUACUGGCCCGAAGAAGCCACCUGGGAAGACGGGGCGUCUUCCUCAGUUUCGAAGAAUCGAUGCACCUUCAUGAGGUAUCUCUUGAAACUCGUGGACCAGACGAUAGCCGUCCUGACCACCGAGCAGUCCAAGGCGUUUAAAUGGACAGUCCCAGAUCAAGUAAUAGACACCGAAGAUAACAAGCUGGAUGAUGAUUUCGGACGUAUAAUCUCUUUUGAAGUUGCCCAGACUCGUGAUGAAGUGGAAGGCGUCAGCUCCAUGGACGGUUUUCAGAUGACAUUGCCAAUUCCAUCGAGCAACAUUGCAAUUCCCGAUCAUCUCUCUGACCGUCAAGACUUGAGGGCUUCAACGUCUAUAGUUGCUGGGGAAACCUCAUGCGGCUUUAUAACCUCGUCUUAUAUACCGGCUCACGAGAAUCGAAAACCAUAUUACGAAGUUAUGAACGAGAUGCGCCUGAAAACGUUUCUCAAGUUCGUCGUUCUUCGUCCUGAUUAUGUAGGAUGUUGGUACGACACAUUGUAGCAACCAUGCUUUCUCAAUUUCAUUUCCAGAGGUC